AUGGCUGGCACCAGUCGAAAGCUGCCGGGCCUGAUCUACGGGGGCUACGAGGUCGUUAGGGUUUGGCGCUGCAACCUCAGGCGACGCGGCACGUACGUGACGGAUGACGAGACGAACCACGAGGGCGCUUCGGGUGCUGUGACCGAUGUGGAAGAGGCCAGGCGUGCCGCGCGUCGAUCCCGCCGAACGGAAAGGGUUGUGGAGGAUCCUCGGCAUGCCAAGGAUGAGGCGCGACGUCGCCGGAAACAGGAGGAGGAGGAGGCUGAAGCGCGGAAGCGCGAGGAGAAGGAGGCGCGCCGAGCUAAGAGACACGCGGAUCGUGCCCGCGAGGAAGCCGAGCGGCUGGCGGCCGAGGAGCAGCAGAGGGAUGCCGAACGUGCCGAGCGUCGGAGGCAGCGCAAAGAACGCGAGCGCCAUCGACAGGCCGAAGACGCUGGCCUGUCUCGCCACGAGCGUCGGCGCUACGAGAGCGAGAGGGAUGAAGAAGAGCGUCGACGACGCCACGAGGCGCGGCGCGCAGCCCGUGAGGCCGACCGUACGCAAAGCGGCAUCGAGUCUCGACAGCGGAGCCGGGCCAGGGAGGAGCGCGUGUACCCCGGCAGCAAGUCGCACCAAGUGGACGAACGACACAAGGACGGCUGGCCGCACUCUGGCACGUCGUCCUGGGUCAAGGACCACUCGGACGCGCCCCCGCCCCCGCCACCACCACCACCCCAGGACGAAGGCAGGGGUAGCGCCUCGCCGGACGACGACGAGGAGGCGCGGCGGGCAGCGCGGCGGGCAGAACGCCGACGAAGCAAGUACGCUGAUGGAGGGGCGGCAGCUGCCGAGGAGGACGCCCGGCGGCGGAGGCGCAAGGAGGGCAGAGACGAUCGUGAUCGUGAUCGGGACCGCGACCGCGACCGUGACCGCCGAGGCGGCGGCAGUGGGGGCGGUGUGUCGGAUGGCAGCGAUGAGCGCAGGCCGAGCCGGCGCACCGCGACGUUUGUGGAAGCGCAGCCGAGAAGCAGCUGGUGGAAGAAGCUGACGGGAUCAUGA